CGCAUGCGCACAUUUUCAACAUGGCGGCUCCCGUGAAGUUGCAGUGUCUUGAUGACUUUCCAACACAUAUUCAUCCUCUACAUGUGCUUAUCAACAAAACACAAUUUACUCAAAAGUUCCCGGGCUACACUGGAUCCACAUACGCGUUGUUAUUGUCUCUGAUAGACCAGCAGUCCCCCUGUAAUCGGGGCUUUUUGGUGUGCGCGCACGCGACUCCGGAUGAAGAGACCGAUGUAAACAUUCCCACGUGUCUCGCUGUUUACGUGAGCAUAUCUUUCCUCAAACACUACGGACUGAAGGAGCACUCGCCAGGAACGAUUCGCCCACAGUCUCUGCUGCCUUUAAAGAAGAUUGUGAUCGGGGCUCGGACGAAGCAGAGCUUUAAAUGGGCUUCUUCAGAGAAGUUCUCCAAUGCUCUGCUGAUCCUAGCCUCCUGUCACGGACAGACUCUGCUGGCGAGGCAAGGCGACGCGCUUCUGAUCCCCUACCAUCAUUUACUGGGGGAAGAAGCCUCACAGGUGCAGCAGUACCUGUCGGAGGUGAUGGUGCUGGAGUGCACCCCUGUCAGUCAGGGCAGGAUAACAGUGGACACUAGUGUGGUGGUGUCAGACUGCAGAGAUCUGGACCUGACCAACACCAGCAGCACAAGCAGACUGUCCGCUUCCUCGCUCUUUGUCUCUGAUUUUGCCCAGUAUGCCAGUAGCUUGAGUUCUGGUAGCUCUUUGCUGAACACUAAAGUGUUGGACUUCAGUGCUUUCCUGCAGGCUCUUGAAUGCAGACUUGAUGUGAGCGUGGUAGACGUCUCAAAUCUCCAGAAACCUGGAGGAAUUCUGUCUAGACUAGAGCAGAAUGAAGGAUUGGAUGUCGACAGCACUAUUUUUGUGCACAAGAGCUUGUUACUGAAGAUGGGUUUGUUUAACGGGGAGUGGGUCAUUGCGUCCAUCCCAGCAGACAAGACGAAGAAGACCUCUCUGAGUCCAGUCCUCGGUGACCGGGAGAGUAGCUGUUCAUUUCCCUUUAAGAAGCAGGGACGUGUUCAUCUGGUUUCUAUCAGAGCUUUUGAAUCAGUUAGACAGCAAGACAUGGAUAUGAAUGACAAUGUGGGCUUCAUUUCACCGGUUCAGUGGUUUAACCUGGCAGACGGGAUGGCAGUGCCUGUCGGAAAUAAGACCAUCAAAAUUAAGAGGUGGAAUAAGGAGUCGUCUGAGGCUGGGUCUCAGAUCUCCGUGAGCGCGUGUCGAUGUGCAGCGCCGCUGUUUGCUAAAGAGCUGCACAUCGAAGCCGUCGUAUCUCCAGACUACAACUCCCAUGGGCCCUUCGACAGCAUCCUCUACAAGCACUUCAGCACACCCAGGCUUGUUCAGCGGGGGAGUAUAUUGGGAAUCCCGUCAGAAGGACAUCCUGAUCUGAUCGAGAACAGCUCUGAAGGAAUCCUCAGGUGGCCUGUGCUGUAUUUCAGAGUGAAGCAGGUGUGCGGUUUCUCCGCUGAGGAGGAAGAGGUUUCUUCAUAUCUGGCUGAUUCCAGUCACACUUCACUAUACAUGGGAGGCUCCGCCCACAGCCGCUCUCCCUGCUCUGUGCUGCAGAAGGGUUCAUCUUUCUGGACGAGUCUCUGUCCCCCGGGUCUGUCCAGCACUGUGGAGCAGCUGCUCACCAUCAUCCAACCUCACUUCAGCGAAAGCUCUCUAACAUUAAAGAGAGGCUGUUCGGUUCUUCUGAUGGGUCCCAAUGGCAGUGGUAAAGUCACGGCGGUAAGAGCAGCUAGCAGGAGGCUGCAUCUGCAUCUGAUCAAGGUGGAUUGCGUCGGUCUCUGUGCAGACACUGCAGCUGCGUGCGAGGUGAAGAUGAAGUCUGUCUUUGAGAGAGCGGAGCUCCAUCACCCGUGUGUUCUGCUGCUGAGAAACCUGCAGCUGCUCGGCCAGUCGCGAGACGGCCCUGAGACCGACUCCAGGGUCUCGUCCACCCUCUGCCAGCUCGUAGCAACUGCUCACGCCAGUGUGGUGGUGGUGGGGUCUGUGAGCAGCCAGCGAGAGCUGUCCUCAGAUGUGAUGGCAGCGUUUGUGCACCAGGUGACGAUAGAGAGUCUGUCUGAGGCGCAGCGCAGGACGAUGCUGUCCAGCCUCAGUGAGGACCUGCUGUUGGGAAAAGACGUCAAUCUUGGCCAGAUUGCCAAAAAGACUGCUGGUUUUGUUUUAGGAGAUCUUUGUGCACUUCUUACCAGUGCUGGGAAAGCUGCUCACAGACGACUUCUGCAGACGUAUUUUCCAGAAGCGGCGAGUGAACAGGAAGAGGAGGAUCUGUGUGUCUCUGGGGUGAGCGUCACGUCUGAGGACUUCAGCGCUGCUCUGGACGUCCUGCAGGAGGCACAUUCACAAGCCAUCGGAGCCCCAAAAAUCCCGUCGGUCAGGUGGCAGGACGUUGGUGGACUGCAGCAGGUUAAGAAGGAAAUUCUGGACACGAUUCAGCUUCCUCUGGAGCAUCCAGAGCUGCUCUCGCUGGGGCUGCGGCGCUCCGGACUGCUGCUCUACGGGCCGCCUGGCACCGGGAAGACCCUGCUGGCUAAAGCCGUCGCCACCGAGUGUACCAUGACCUUCCUCAGUGUGAAGGGUCCUGAACUCAUCAACAUGUACGUUGGUCAGAGUGAAGAGAACAUUCGAGAAGUGUUCAGAAAGGCCAGAACCGCUGCUCCCUGUGUUAUUUUCUUUGAUGAGCUGGACUCUUUGGCUCCUAAUAGAGGACACAGUGGAGACUCAGGAGGGGUGAUGGACAGGGUUGUGUCACAGCUUUUAGCAGAGCUGGACGGUCUUCAUUCGUCUGGAGAUGUCUUUGUGAUUGGAGCAACUAAUCGCCCAGAUCUGCUGGACCCAUCCCUGCUCAGGCCUGGCAGGUUUGAUAAGUUGGUGUAUGUGGGAGUGAAUGAAGACCGAGAGUCUCAGCUGCAGGUUCUGAAGGCAGUCUUGCGCAGGUUUAAAGUGGAUCCCAGCGUGUGUCUGUCCGAGGUCGUGGAGUCCUGUCCUCCUCAGCUGACCGGAGCAGAUCUCUACGCGCUCUGUUCGGACGCCAUGAUGUGUGCCAUCAAGAGGAAGAUUUCUCGAAUCACUGAAGGUGUGGAUUCGGAGGCCAGCGCUCUGAUUCUGUGUUCAGAAGACUUCAGACAGGCUCUGGCAGGUCUUCAGCCGUCCGUCUCUGAGCAGCAGCUCAACAGAUACAAGCUAAUCCAGCAGAAAUUCACCAUAAAAUAACAUCCCAAACACUCGCCCAUCUGAAAUCAUUCCUCUGGUGGGACCUUCUGAAGCUCAGACCAGAGCCAGGGUGAUGAAGCUUCUCUCAUUGGUCCAUAUGGUUGAAUAUUUAAUGUCAAAUAUAGUCUGAUUGGCUGUGAUUGUUUUAUAUUGCACAGUAGUUUCACCUUCAUUGUGCACACAGAUCAAACGACAUAAACCUGCAUCAACAUCUGGUUAGGACACAGUAAUCAAAAUCUUUUUCUAUAAUUAUUUAAAAAUCAUGUCUAAAGAAAAUAAAUUAAAGUUGAACCUGUUCAUGUUAACUUGCCUAUCCCACAGGAUCUCUGUGUAACUUCCUCAAUGGGUUUCAUAAUUAAUGCUUGAACAUAAAUUGAAAAAUGCAGAAUCAGAUGCCAUUUAAGAAAUUAGAUUAAAUAUAACGAAUGCUGAUUUCUAACUAGCACUGCAAAAACCACAACUAAAGAGAAACUUCAGCUAGACUGUGUGUGUGUGUGUGUGUGAGAGAGAGAGAGGUGUACUUAAUUAGUGUUUUCACGUAUGAAUUGAAGUUAUUCAAACAUAAUAGAUAAAUUCACAUGAAUCAUCCUCAGGGCUUUGAUUUUAACAUGUUGGCACACAUUGGUCACACUUUAUAUUAAGUGCUUAGUUUUGGAUCAUUUAAUUAGUAAUUAAUUAAUUUGCUAUGCAAAUGUUAUAAAUGGCUGUUAUCAGUGGUUUAUGUCUAAAAAUGUUUUUGUCCCAAAUUUUUUGGGAUUUAUCUGAUUUUAUAAAUGUGUAAUUACUAUUUCAUUACUAUGUUAUCACAUAUGUAACAAAGGACAAAUGGGACGACUUAAUAUAAAGUGUUACCUUGUUUAUUCAAAGAAUUGCUGAAAAGAAUCAAAAAAUUAAACGUAUGCAAUUCUUCAAAGAAGUCUGUGCUUGCUUUCACAUUAGUAGCUAGGGAGAGAAGACAAUAUGAACACAAAAAACAAUUUUUCUAUAGAAAAAAAAUAAGUUUCAAACUAUGUAAGCAUAUAUUUUUACUCAUUGUUCUGUAGCUUGUUGCUGGAAGUUACUUGAAGCAAAUGUGAUGAGUGAAUCUCAUGAAAAAUGUCAUAUUUCACCCCAUAUUUCACCCCGAUCUCAGUUGAAACCAGAAUCAAGUUAGAAUUUGAAAAUAUAAUUUAUAAAAUUAUAUGAUAAAAAUAUACAAAUAUUGAAUAAAAACAUGUAUAAAAUAUAUGAAUUAUAUUUUUCAUAAAGAAUUUUACAUCAAAUUUUUUAUUAUAUUUAUACCUGAUAUCAUUUGUUUACAUUUUUAUUAGUGUACCAUAGUAAUGAGAAUCUAAUGAGUAACUGUUGAGAGAGAGAGAAGAGAAACAUUUCAGUAAUUUGGGGGUAAAAUGUUCUUAAUUGUCAUGAAAAUAAUGUCACAGUGUAAACAGAAAAGAUAAUGGUCCUAAAGAAUGGUAAUGUUCUUAAUGCAAAAUAUAAUUAUUUUUUUCCUUGGAUUUUGUGUGAUACACUGUAUGAGCUAGAUUUGACAUGCUUUAUGAGAUUCACCUAAUAAUUAGUGAAGUUUUUAUUAAUAAUUAUGUGGACGUCUUCAGUAAAAACUAAUUACUUGUAUAAGCUGUCAAAUAGCUGCUUGAUUUUUUUUGUUGUUUGUUGUUUUUUUGUUUUUGUUUUUUUAAUAAAAACAAAUUCUCAAUCA